AGGUAUCUCAUUCCCCUCCAACAUCUCCUCCGCUUUGCAUCUGUCUUUCACAGUUUGCAUUUUUUUUCUCCUACCCCCUCAUUGAUUCUGCAAAAAAGCAGCAGCCGGCCCAGCUUUUCUACUACAGUGGACUUAAUCAAGUUGAUGCAUACUCCAGGUUAUGAAGACAUCAUGGAGUUCCCAGACCACAGCAGACAUUUGCUACAGUGUCUGAGUGAGCAGAGGCAUCAGGGUUUCCUUUGUGAUUCCACUGUGCUGGUCGGCGAUGCCCAGUUCCGGGCCCAUCGAGCAGUGCUGGCUUCAUGCAGCAUGUACUUCCACCUCUUUUACAAGGACCAGCUGGACAAAAGGGACGUUGUUCAUCUGAACAGCGACAUUGUUACAGCCCCAGCGUUCGCUCUCCUGCUGGAGUUCAUGUACGAGGGGAAGCUCCAGUUCAAAGCCCUGCCCGUGGAGGACGUGCUGGCUGCUGCCAGCUUCCUCCACAUGUACCACAUUGUCAAGGUCUGCAAGAAGAAGCUGAAGCACAAAGCCACUGCGGAGGCAGACAGCACCAAGAGGGAGGAGGACGCUUCCAGCUGCUCUGACAAACUAGAGAGCUUCUCCGAGGGCAGCACGGGCCAACCAGCCACAGCUGACCUAUUGCCCAGUGACGAUGAGGACCUGGAGUCCAAGCAGGACCCCAGUAGCCUGUGGAUAAGGCUACCCACUGACCGGGCAGGCACCCCGGCCACUGCCACCAGCCCAGGGGAAGAUGACGCCCAUGGCAGUCCACCCAAGCUGCAAUCCCCAACUGGCAGCCCCAGCAGCUCUAUAGGCUCCCUGUCCCGGAGGUCUGUGGGCUCCCAUGGCUCCCGCAGAGUGUCGUCGGAUGCAGACUGUGUCCUGGACUUGUCUGUGAAGUCCAGCCUGACUGGGCCCAGCGAGGCCUUGUCCAAUAACCCUUACUUCUGUGGUGUGGUGAUGCCAGAUAGCCUGCAGGGCACCCUGGUCCAGGUGAAGCAGGAGAAGAACACGGGCUCAGACCAUGAGGACCUGGUGAGUGGUGACUACGAGAUGGACCACAGCGGGCCCAAAGCCACCCCUCCCAGAACCAACGGAGGUCUGAACCACCACUUGGUCAGCAGCCAUGCUCAUAGACGCCUGGAGGCCCACCUGUCGGCCCUGCGUGAUGCCACCCUGGCCAGUGAACUGGAGCGUGACGACAAGGUCAGCAAUAAUGACAUGCUGGGCGGAGACAGUGAGAGGGCCCAGGUUGAGACGGCCAGCAUCGACAGCACCCUGCUGCCCUACGUGUCCAAUAUGCUGAACGCCCCUCACACUCAGAUCUUCAUGUGCCCCCUGUGCAACAAGGUGUUUCCCAGUCCGCACAUCCUCCAGAUCCACCUCAGCACACACUUUCGCGAGCAGGAAGGCGUGCGCGCCAAGCCCGCCAGCGACAUCAACGUGCCCACCUGCUCCAUCUGCGGCAAGACGUUCUCCUGCAUGUACACCCUGAAGCGCCACGAGCGGACUCACUCUGGAGAGAAGCCAUACACAUGCACCACGUGCGGUAAGAGCUUCCAGUACUCUCACAACCUGAGCCGGCACGCCGUGGUGCACACCCGAGAGAAGCCGCACGCCUGCAAGUGGUGCGAGCGGCGCUUCACCCAGUCCGGGGACCUGUACCGCCACAUCCGCAAGUUCCACUGCGAACUGGUCAACUCGCUCUCUGUCAAGAGUGAAGGCCUCAACCUACCCACCCUCCACAGGGACUGGGCCAUAGAGGAUAGUUCUCAAGAACUGUGGAAGUGAAGCCUGCCAAAAUAAUCAGAACUCCUUUGUUUUUAAGCUAAAUGAGUGAGGUGUCAGUGAAGGUUGGGCAGAGAGGUAAGGGAGUUGGAGCAAGGGUAUGGGUAGGAGAGGGGUCUGAUUUAGUCAUGUUUCUUGUACGUACAUUACAAAAUCUGGUUAAAUGGCACUUUAAAAGAACAUGAAGAUGUUACUACUGUUUUCAGUUCCAGUCCUUUGUUCUGUUCUAAUCUUUUAUUUGUUCAGAUUUAGUUCAAUAUAAAAAACCAUGGGUGCUGGUGUCAACAGCCAGUGUUAUGUCAUCUUGUGUAUAGAUACACUCCUUAAUCUAAGGCACACCUUCAACGACAACCAUAUGAAGUGUUCAGGUAACACACUGACGUUGAAGAUUAUUAGAAUACACUAAACGGGUACUGCUCAUCAAUUUAUACCAGUACACAUAUGUGUGUGUGUAUUAAUAUGUGUGUAUAUAGUGCACUAUAUUUUUAUUAUCAAAUUUCAUUGGUGUGUGUGUGUGUGUUUGCGUGUGUGUGUGUGUUUAAGGAAACUGGAAAGAGGUCUGCUCUAACAAGCUUCUGCUCCUUAAGCUCUUGACAUAUGGCACUCAUGCAAUGUACAGCUUCCUUUUUCACAUGAAUUCAAAUAUUUUCUCAAAUUCUUUAUGAAUGAUUAUUAUACAAUUUCUUAAAUUUAUAAUCUAUCUGCUGCCUUCAAACAACCCUUUAAUUUCAUUUGGCUGUAUCCUAUAGGUUUCUGUUGUGAUUAUGGAUUUAUUUUUGGAAAAUGGGAUCUGAUAUUGCAUGAAGUCCAACCUGUAUAUUUGAAAUGUGAAUUACUGUAUAACUGUACACUGUAAUUGAGCAAAUAUAGAACAGACUAUGUGAAUAUCCAAGGGUGCAGUCGGUUAAGAAACCCGGAAUAUUCCAGUUAUGGAAAAUGCAUGAAUAUGAUUUAUCUUACAUUUUCUUUUUUUUCUUUUUUUGGGGGGGGGGGGUGUAUUCUAAAUUAACUUAUUUUAUUCUUAAGUCAUUUAUUUAUUUUCUUUGCUCCUUUUGAGAGUCUGUCGGGACUCCUUUGAAAUGUUCUUCUGGGCUGUGAAGAUAUUGUGUCAAUGCACUGGUCUUGGGUUUGAGUUUGUGUAAUGGAAUGUGAGGUGAAGUUUGUCUUCAGACUGACAGAGGUGGCAGUGUGGGCUGAAUGCCAGUAGUGACCUAACUAAUCUACUGAAGAUCUCCUCUACUGUGUUUGCCUCCCGCCCACACAGCACUUCAUCACAGUCUAUUCUGCUGCAUGGUGAUCAAGGAGUUAAGGUUCCCAACUACUGUAGCUAUAUCCAACAUUCUGCUUUGGUAUUUUCUGCUUUCUCAUCGACAUUAAGUAAGCGUUGUGGGUAAUUUAUUUAUAUUUUUAUUUGACACUUGUUUCUAACUGUGCGGCCAAUGAGAAGGUUUUGCACUGAUCUAUGAGAGAGAUGCUCACCUGCUCAUACCUGAGUAAUCCUGAAGGUUCUAUGUUUCAAUAGCAAAGCCUGAGUACUCCUGAAGGUUCUUUGUUUCAAUAGUAAAGCCUGAGUACUCCUGAAGGUUAUUUGUUUCAAUAGUAAAGCCUGAGUACUCCUGAAGGUUAUUUGUUUCAAUAGUAAAGCCUGAGUACUCCUGAAGGUUAUUUGUUUCAAUAGUAAAGCCUGAGUACUCCUGAAGGUUAUUUAUUUCAACAGCAAAGCCUGAGUACUCCUGAAGGUUAUUUGUUUCAACAGCAAAUCCUGAGUACUCCUGGAGGUUAUUUGUUUCAACAGUAAAGCCUGAGUACUCCUGAAGGUUCUUUCUGUUUUAAAUGGUAAAAGCUGAAGAAUCAGAGAGCAGCACUACUCGCUCCUAAUUUGAAUGUCUGCGUGUAUCUGUUUGAGUGCUCCUAUGUACGUACUGUAUGUAUGUACAUGUGCGUGUUUUGUACUGAAAGCAUAAUCCUUACUUUUGAAGGGGGAGAAUUGGCAUGCUUGAUUGCACCAUUAAAGCUUAUUUAACGGAGAUUUAUUGCUGAAAAUAUGCCUUUAUGAAAAUUACAGUUAUAAAUUAUAGAUUCACGAAAUCAUGGAUACUAUUACAUUCAAGAGGAGAUGUAUUUAAUCGUGAAAUUAUUGAGUUAACCUUAAUAUUAUAAUAUCUCAUUUUCAUUUGAACUGUUCUUUAUUUCAAUAUUUUAUUUAGGAUUCUUCACAUUUUUAGGAAUGUGAACAUUCUGAGAAAAAAAUCUGCACUCAAAAAAUGUUUGUGCACAAAAAUCAUGGAAUCAAUCAAUCGAACAAAAGCAAAAGUUGAACUCUACACAAACUCAGUUGUUAUUAGUAUGGUUAUGAAUGUCUGCACAUUGGCAUGUCUGGCAUGUCCACACUGGUCCGGGGGUUUGGUUUGCUCUUCAGUGGACGUGGUGGUGGCAGCAUCAGCUGGUGACAUGGGUGCUCCUUGCCAACUGCACACACUCAUGGCAUUUUGCACAGUGGUAAUUGAUCUCUUUGCAUCCAUGGAAAAUAUAUCAUAUGUGAGUUAGCUCUCUGUUUGAAGACUUAUUUACAAUUAUUGCUGACUUCUUAUUGUACUUGACCGCCUUAAACUACUGUUAACAGCUUGGUUUAUUUUCACGUUAUCACUGGAACACUGAAAGUGUGUGUAACUGGACUGUUUAUUGACCUUUUGAAAUGGAAAGGAAGCUGUGAAAUGAUCCAAUAAGCAUCUCCGUUUACAUCAAUCCAACUUUGGUUACUUGAAAACAGGAAAGGGCCAAUGGGGGAAAAAAUGUUCAAAUGUAGACGACAAUGAAGAAA